GGGAAAUUUACAACAAUUCUAAUAAUAAAAAACUGCAACCGGCUGGUCAGUUUCUUGAUGUAACAAGCAAGAGAAAACUUGAUCCUAGUUGUGACCUAGAUUAUUACACAGCAAAAAGGCCUAAAAAGGAAGAAACUCAUUUGCCAGCUAAAAUAACAAAUCAUUCAGCAGCAAAGAGGCCUGCCAAUAAUGAACAGUUCGAUGUAAACGAACUAGGCCAAGAAUCAAAGACGUUUUCAAAUAAUUCAGAUGCGCAAUUAUCCAACACGCUUUCCAAUACAGUUCUCAGUAGUGAUGAAAGCUCAAAUGCAUCAACUUCAACUUUAGGAGAAACCAGGGUCAAUGUAGCCAUCCCAAAUUUAACGGUGAGACAGUUCAUCUUCUCGCAGUUGGGCUUUACAAUGGAUGAAACUCAGGCCUCCAAGCUUCCAUGGCCUCUAGAAACCAACCUGAAUGAACUCAAUCUCAGCUUGACAGAACAGGAAGCUAUCAGGACAGAAACCAUAGGGGCAUGUGCUCACCUUUUAAAGCUCCCCAAACUGAUAACUGAAAGGAAAUUUAAUUUAGAAGUUUCAGAUUUGUUGCUUCACCCUAACAUCUCGGACCAUCAGAUUCUUUUGGAAGUAAAUGUUAUUAAACAAUGCCAGAAGAUUCUCAUGCAGCA